CACACACCAGCAUGGACGGCUACGACCCGUACCUGCAGCAGCACCACCAGCAGUACAACUACCCUCAACAGCCGCCGCAGCAGCAGCCCCUGCCGCUCCCCGUCCAGCCGCCGCCUCCUCAUCUCCUCCAGCCGAUCGCUUCCACCAGCCAGCUCCCGCUCGCCCCAGUCGACUGGGCCGCCCAACUUGCACUCGAUGCAGCAGCCCACCUUGCACCAGGCGGCUCCAUCCUCGUCCCGGCCGUCGGACCCGGCCUCGCCGCGUCUGCUCUGCCCGAUCAACUCGUCCGAGGGACGCAGCUCGUAAAGGUCACCGCAAAGUCGUGCGCAAACUGCCGCCUGCGCAAGUGCGACCGUCGGUACCCGGAAUGCUCGCGGUGCACCAAGCGCAAAGAGCUGUGCGACUACGGCGACGACAUCUCGAUCGCCCUGCGUCCGACCUGGGUCCCGCCCUCGGACGAGGACGGUCUCAUCUCGCCCCCCUCGGGCCUCACCGCCCCGCCGACGCCGCACGCCUCGUUCGCCGGGCCCAUGCCCUCGUCGCGCUCCCACGCCGGCGCCGCUACCUACGCGCCGAGCGCCCUCCCGUACCCGAUGCGCCCGCCCAUGCCGUACGACCCGUACCACUCGCAGCGCGCGCUCAGCGACUUGCAGCACCACCAGGCGCUCGUGCGGCACCGGGGCGGGCCGGGGGGCGCGGCGGACGUGGGCGGCGCCGGGGCCCUGCGGCUCUCGGCGGCGGCGGGAGGGGACGGCGCGAGCGGGUACGCGAGGAGGAGAGCGGGGCGCGAGGGGGACCUGGACGGGCGGGAACCGCGGCGGGCGCACGACGAGGACGAGGGCGGUACGGGCGAGCGAGGGUUCGCCGACCUGUGGGAGAAGUUCCUCCGGGCGUCCAACCUGGGCCAGAGCUCGAGCGACUGGCGCCUCGCGCAGCCAACCAUGGCGUCGUCGCUUCAGAUCCACCUCAUCGACGCGUCGAUGCACUCGUGCUGCUUCCACCUGCCGGCCUUCCACAUCUUCAACCGCGAGAUCCAGUACCUCAAGGAGAACAUCGACCAGCUCGACCUCGCGAGCCAGGUCGUCGUCGGCAUCCUCACGUCGCUCGGAGCGCGCGCCUCGCCGCACAGCGCCCUGCUCGGCAUCGCCGGCCCCGACAUCGAGAACGGCCGCGCGUCGCUCGACCUCGUCCUGUCGGCCGGUGUCCGGCGCGAGAACGCGUGGCGCGCCAUCGUCAAGCGCGCGACCGACCUGUGCUCCAAGAUGGACAUUCUCCAGGUCCCGAGCGCGCGCAACCUCCAGACGCUCGUCGCGUUCGUCCAGAUGCUCAUGCUCGCCGAGGUGCACCCGGUCACGGCCAGGUUCUUCCUGCGCACCGCCAUCGGCCUGUUUCGCGACAUGCAGCACGCGUCCGACCUGUCGUACGACGAGGUGCAGGCGACCAAGUUGAGAGUCGGCCCGACCCUGUUCGAAUCGGACGCCCGCAUCGCCGCCUACCUGAGCCUGCCCGUGUGCAUCACCGACGAGGACCUGUACGAGUACUUUGACGGCACCG